AUGCUUCUGACUCCCGUGCACAUAAGGGGCAAACGAAAGCGCGAUCCGCCACAUACGCCGUCUUCCGUGGCUGCUGCAAACACAGACAAGGCGCCAAAGAAGAUGAAAAGAUCGCUUGCGUCCCUCCGCGCCAGCCGCCUAUCUCGCCAUCGCACAGUCCUGGAGUCUCUACCUGCCGAGCUGCUGGAAAGCAUACUCUUGUACUCGGAAAAUCUCUCGCUUCCUCGAUCAAGUCACCUGAUUGGUGCCAAACUCUCUGGCCGAGCUACGCUGCUGCGAUUGUUCAUGCUGGCUUUCCACGACACCUGGAACCAGUGGUUUGGCAUUCCCAAGACGCAGCUGCAUGGGCCGAGACCAAAACAGAAAGAAUGGGCGUCGUUUGAUGGUGAUGCCAUGUUUCAGUCUGCAAUGCUGGAACUGCCUUGGGUAGAUGUCGACUUCAUUCUUCAGGCACAACAAACCUGGUCAGACAGAUAUGCUCGAGACAGAUGGUAUCAACACAGCGUCCCAUUUGAAGACGGCUACGAUCAGCUGAACCACGACCACCAGGGUGGAUUCGCGCACUUCCAUGCCCAUGACUGCUUCGAGGCAGACUACAAGCGAGCACUUCAAUGGCCAGCCUUCAAAACCGAGGCCAUGAGCUGGGGCACACACGACCUACACCCAAGGGCUCACUUACCCGUGGAUCUAAUCACAGGCCCGUGGGACGAGGAAAAGAAACGGCGACUAUUUUGGCUUACCCGUGGCGGUUUUCAAAUGGGCGGCGAGGGUCAGAAUCCAGUCCCUUGGGAAGUCAAGUUGAAAUGUCUCGAAAAUGCAAUAAUCAAUGCAGAAGAGCCCGAUCCACUCAUCAUCAAUUGUCUAAUUGGGAAUUGGAUAUUCCUAGAUUUACCAGAAGACAUUGUGCGGAAACACCUCAUUAGUCUCGACAGACGUCUCGAAUGGGGAGCCGAUGAGCCUGCGAGCAGGGCUAUUCUCCGACGAAUACGAAAUACCCUCGACAUGUUUAUGCAGCUUCCACAAUACCAUCACAUGCCGGCUUGA